UGAGAUCUGCAAAAAAACACCAUAUCACCACCACACCAAGGCCCCCCCUCUCUCUCUCUCUCCCUUUCUGAGAGACAAAGAAAAAAAAGAUAGACAACCAUAAACACAGCUUUUUGGAUCUAAUAUUUUUCCUUCCUUUUCUUGGCUUUCAGUUUCGUUUUCUUUUUAUCUGUUGGUCUCAUCCUCCUCCUCCUCCUCCUCCUAUAAUUUGCUAUUUCUUCCAUAUUUUCUUUGGUUAUUAUUAUUUGAUACCAACAAAAUAUGAGGAUUCGAAAAACCGCAAAGCUAUCAUCGCUGAUACACCCACAAGGUUCAAGGCCUAAGAGUGCGUACGUGUGCCAGCUGAACCAGUCGCCAUGGGAUGUGAUUCCUUUUCCUCAAGAACCAUACCCAUCAUCUCUUCAUCACCAGUUCGGAGCUGAAGAUAGCUUUAAUGGAAAUGGUAGCUUAGGCGAUUCUAUUGGUGCUGUUGAGAGCGUAGCUUCGAUGAUGGAGAGUGAAGAGAAAGCGAUUAUGAAAGUGGAAGGCAUGGUUGUUGACGAUAAUGAUGAUAACGAUGAAAUGAAAAUAGCCAAGCAAUUUGGUUCUAAGAGCCAAUGCGAAGAGGAGGAGAAGGAAUCCAAGCAAGAGGCUUUGCUGAAAUCUUGCAACAACAACAACAACAGCAGCGAUAGUGGAAAUAAUCCCAGCUCGUUGACCAUCAAGAAAGCUGAGAAGAAUAAUCAGCUAAUCGGGAGCCGCCGUGGACGAGCCCGAGCAACCAAGAAAGGCUCGUCAUCAGCAUCGAAUCCAAAUGAAUUUUACUAUUAUUCUGGGUUUGGGCCGUCGUGGCGAAAAAGAAGAGGCGGCAGCGAUAGAGUAGGCGAAAUCAGCAAGAAUAUUAUUGAGGCUAAAGAAGUUGAAAACAACAGCAGCGCUAUCACAACUCAAAACAAUACGACGCCGUCUUCUUCUUCACAAAUCGAUAAUAAUGAAGAAUUUGAUUAUGUCGAUGAUGAGGAUGAUGAGGAUGAUGAUGAUGAUGAUGAUGAGGAUGACGAGAAUGAAGAUAGUGGCAGGAAGCGAAUGAGGAAGCCCAUUAAAGCAAGAUCGUUGAAGUCCCUAAUGUGAAGGGAUAAAAAAAAAAAAAAGGGUUUGGGCUUCCCUUCUCUUUUCCUUUUUCUUUUGUUCGUUCAUUUCCUUUUGUGUUUAAAUGUGUUGAAAUCAUCGUAUUUUUCAUUUGUUUUCUCUUUUAUGUUAUGUGUUUUUAUUUGGAUUUUUAGGGUUUAAGAUUUAUGUAAUUUAAUUUUCUUUGUGUUUGGUUGUUUUAUAUGAUGUUGGGUUUUGUCGUGGGUGAGAGUAGCAACAUGUCAGUAGGAGAGAUACUGUAGGGUGUGUGUCGAGUGGACCAAUGUGGGGUAUGUGAAAAUGGAUGGGGCCGGUUUUGGUCAUUUCAACAUGUUUUUAUCUUUUUCCUUUCUUUCUUUUAUUUUUCAACUGGUAGCGUAUUUAAAGAUUGAGUGAUGUGGCGCUGUGAGAUUCUCGUGAUUUAGGCGUGCCAAAAAGGAAACA